AAGACUUCUACCGCUCAUCAUGAUCACGGUCCUGCUGUUGUCUGCCUUCGUGGCUGGAGCUCUCAGCUGUGGGGUUCCCACUUACCAGCCCCACCUGCCCAGAGUGGUUGGGGGUGAAGAUGUGAGACCCAACAGCUGGCCCUGGCAGGUGUCCCUGCAGUAUGACAACAAAGGUCAGUGGCGCCACACCUGCGGAGGUUCCCUGGUGGCCAACAACUGGGUCCUGACAGCUGCCCACUGCAUCAGCUACUCCAGAACCUACCGUGUGAUGCUGGGACGGCACAGCCUGUCCACCGACGAGCCCGGCUCCAUGGCCAUCAGUGUCUCCAAACUCGUGGUGCACGAGAAGUGGAACUCCAACCAGCUCUCCCAAGGAAACGACAUUGCUCUGCUCAAACUGGCCAAGCCUGUCCCCCUGAGCGACAAGAUUCAGCUGGCCUGCCUCCCAGCCGCCGGUUCCAUUCUCCCCAACAACUACAGCUGCUUCGUCACUGGCUGGGGAAGGUUGCAGACCAACGGAGCAACUCCUGACAUCAUGCAGCAGGGUCAGCUGCUGGUCGUGGACUACGCUACCUGCUCCAGCCCUGGCUGGUGGGGCAGCACCGUGAAGACCAACAUGAUCUGCGCCGGGGGCGAUGGCGUGAUCUCCAGCUGCAAUGGAGACUCUGGGGGACCCCUGAACUGCCAGUCUGCCAACGGAGUGUGGGAAGUGCACGGCGUGGUGAGCUUUGGGUCCUCCCUUGGCUGCAACUACUACCAUAAGCCCUCCGUCUUUACACGUGUCUCCAACUACAUUGACUGGAUCAACACGGUCAUUGCAAACAACUAAGAGAAGCACCGGUAACUGCUGCGGACGUGGAAGGGUCGCAGGAAGAAAAGAGCAAUAAUAAAGUGAUAACCACAGAAAUCGUAUCUG